AUCAUUAAAUAAAUGGAAUUUGACUUUAAAUACUAUUUAGGGUAUAUAUACAGUAAGUAUAUACAGGCAAUAUGUCAUUAGUAUGUAUAUCUGUAGCUAGCAUUAGAGAUAAAGAUAUAAUCACUACAUUGAGUUCACAUUGAGAUGCACACUUGUAUGUGCCUGAGUUUUGCUUCGCUAGGCUUCUUGUGGUCAGAAUAGGUGAUGAUGUCAUCUACGUAUUGGGCACUUGGAGCUUAUAAAACCUGAAGGAAACAUCCUCUCAUUUACUUGUCACACUCCCAUCAAAGGUGAAAAACUCUCUAACUGUGAGACUUCAAACAGUCAAACUGUCUUCUUCUAAGAAGAGAAACUGCAACCUUCUAUCACAGAACAUGCACUGGCAAAAAUCUGUGAAUACAGAGCAACAGAAAAAUAACCCGGCCCGUCCAUACCUUGGAGUACGUGUGAAGGAACCAGUCAAGGAACUGCUGAAAAGGAAGAGAGGGAACUGCAGCAAUGCAAAUUCUGUAUCUCCGACUGUACUUUCAUCAUACCAGACAUACCAGACAUAUCCAACCUGCACACCAAUUGUUUCUAAUCUUACAGAUCUGCCGUAUGUUGAUAUGGAUAUUCCAACACAAGCAUUGCCUAUCCAUGAUGAAGGAGCCUUAUACACUAGCUGGAUCUCUCAGCCUCCAUCUGCGGCUUUUCAACCACUGACUCAAUGGACAACUUGCCCAGAUUACAUUUCACAUGAAACUGUCAGUUGCCCAUACACUGGUGAUAUGUAUGUACAGCCAAUGUGCCAAGGUUAUACUGUGGUUGGACCACCCUCAGUAUUGACUUAUACUUCACAACCUCUUCUGACGAACUUUGCAACAAGAAGUACAAAUCCAGGUGUUGCUACGCAAAUAGAAUAUACAGAUCAUCAAGCGCCUCUCACUUAUAUUCCAUGGGCCCAACCGAUAACAACACUGCCCGGAACAACGCAUACAAUUCCCUACCAGACAACUCCAACAACAUUUCAGGGAGCCCAGUUUGUUCCCAUACCCAUUUCAUUACCAGAGCCAGUGCAGCAAGAUCUUGAUGAUACAAGAAGGGUGAUCAGUAAUAUGCCAAUGGAGAAACUUCUGCAAGAAGAUGAAAAUAAUGAAUCAUACGUCUUAAGUCAUACCCUUUCAAUUGAAGGGCUCUAAAAAUAUAAUGUGAUAUACUGUCCUUUAAUAUAAUAUGCAUUGCUGGAAACAGGUUUUAAUAUAUUAAUAAAUAUUAUUUUGCUAAAAGAA